UAAUCAGUACAUGAGGAGGUCGUUUAGGCAGAUAUCAUGAUAGCACUUAAAAGACUCUUGGACAGGUACAUAGAUAGGAAAGGAUUAGAGGCAAAGCACCAGCAAAUGUAACAAGCUGUGAUGAAAAUUCUUGGUCUUCAUGGACGAGAUGGGCCUAGGGGUCGGUUUCCCAGUUGCGAGGGUCCAUGACAUGGUCCCUGAAAUUUGCAUCGCAGAUAGGGUGGUGAGUAAAGCUUUUGGCAUGCUGACCUUCAGCAGUCAGAGAAAUUAGUAUAGAAAUUAGGACAUUUGGUUGCAGUUGUAAAAGAUAUUGGUGAGGCUGCACAUGCAAGUGCAAGAGGCUGAGGGGUGAUCUUGUAGAAGUGCAUAAAAUUAUGAGGGAAGCAGAUAAGGUUAAUGCAGUCUUUUUGCUAAGGUGAGGGAAUCGAAAACUAGAGGGCAUCAAUAUAAGGUGAGAGGGGAAAAAUUAAAUAACAAUCGGAGGGGCAACCUUUUCACAGAACAUGGUAGGCAUACAGAAUGAGCUGCCAGACGAAGUAUUGAGGCAGGUACAAAAACUACACUUGAAAGACAUUGGGACAGGUUUGUGGGUAGGAAAGGCUUAAAGGGACAUUUGCCAUGCAGGCAAAUGGGUCUAGCUUAGACUGGGUAUGUUGGUCGGUCAGCAUGGACAUGUUGGGCUGAGGGCCUCUUUCAAUGCUAUAUGGCUCUAUGAUAAUGCUCAAUGUAUUUUUGUAUCAAUGGUGGGGAGUCUGGCUUGUAUGAUGGACUAGGCUCCAUCCACAAUGUAUCCUUGGUUGAGCAUUUAAUAUGCUGUAACCAAAGAAAAAUGGAAUUGGGUCAGAAAGCUUAUUUUCAAUUGGGAAAUAACUAAUGGACAAUGGCCUCUUUUUGCAUCAUCAGUUUUAUGAUUGGCACCGCAAACGUGUUUACCAGGAGUAUAAUGGAAUUAACAACCACUUUAUCUGCAUGGGUAGAUGCAGUAAUUGAAAAGUCAACACUGUACCUGAUAAAUAUGUUCAGACAUUAACCUGAACAUCCAAUCCCUACGUCAUUGAUUUACAAAGGGAGCAAAGCACAGCAUCUAAAUGAUGCACCUCACUACACCAGCAAGGCUUUUAUUAUAAAAUCUCAAGCUUCUCAAUUACCACGGACAAAUGCAGUAAGUGUAUAGGAAUAUCUAAAUUCCCCUCCAAAUGACCCAUUUGCAGUUCAAGGCGACAAUGAAAUGUUGGCCUUUCCAGCAGCCUUUCCUCCUCUUUCAAGAAUAAAUUAAAAAGUUCUAAACAGCUUUCUCCUGACAUAAUUAUUUCCCUGGAUUGACAUAUUCUGCUUUUCCAGAGUUUCAUCAGCUGUGAUCUCAUUUAUACUUUCCGGAGUUAUAAUACUGUUGAGUGGUCCAGUACAUCCCCAAUCAGCAUCAAUAGUGGCCAAGUGGAAAUGGUUGAGAGCUUCAAGCUUCUUGGCAUAAAUAUUACCAACGAUCUGUCGUGGACCAACCAUAUUGAAGUAACAGCCAAGAAGGCGCAUCAAAACUUCUAUUUGCUCAGGAGACUGAAAUAACUUGGCAUGUCUCCAAUGAAUCUUACAAACCUUUACAGAUGCACCAUGGAAUGGAUACUAUUGCAUCACAGUUUGGUUUGGGAAUAGUUCUGUUCAAGACAAGAAAUUGCAGAGACUUAUUGAUAUAGCUCAGUCCAUUACACAGGCGGCACGGUAUCACAGCUAUAGAGUUGCCGUACAGCACCAGUUCAAUCCCAAAUAUGUGUGCUGUCUGACAAGAGUUUGUGGAUCCCCGUGACCACGUGGAUUUUCUCCUAGCUCUUCGGUUUCCUCCCACUCUCCAAAGACUUACAGGUUUGUAGGCUAAUUAGCUUGGUAUGAAUGUAAAUUGUCCCUCGUGUGUGUGGGACUUACUUACUUAGAGUGUGUAGGAUAGUGUUAAUGUGCGGGAAUCACUGGUCAGUGCGGACUCGGUGGGCCAAAGGACCUGUUUCCGUGCUGUAUCUCUAAAACUAGAUCAGACUCUCCACCAUUUACUUCAUUUAUACUUUGUUUUCUUGGGAAAGCAGCUAACAUAAUCAAACACCUUUCCCUCCCAGGUCAUUUCUUCUUCUCCUCCUCCUCAGAUAGAGCUUGAAAGCAUGCACCGGCAGACUCAGAAACAGCUUCUUCUCCUGUUAUCAGGCUUCUGAACGGUCCUUCCAAAAGUUAGUCAAAUUCUCCUCCACUUCAUUGUGAACAUUCAACUUUGUCACUGGAACUAUUGUACAAUAGUGCAAACUAUAUUCAGCACUCUAUUUUUUUUCCUUUGCAUGUAUAGUAUUAUUUGAUUUGAUUGGAAAGCAUGCAAAAUAAAGAUUUUCCUUGUACCUGGUUACACUUGACAAUAAUAAACCUACCUAUAUAUGUCAAACAUUCAGAAGCCAUUAUACCCGACUCACAAAACACUCCAGUUUAGGUGCCUGAACUGGAGAUGGCUUGGUUGUAGACGCCGACUCAUGUUUACUCGACCUUGGCAGCAGUGGAAACAUAACAUUUGAACAUUGAGAAUUGUACAACAAUUUAGGGACUUGAAGGCUACAAAAGAUAAGUUGCAACAAACACUGCUGAACUCUCGCUCACUAACAGAAAACAGAAAUUUGCAGAUUUGCUGUCCGAGGUGAGAUCCCUGUGGCCAGCGGCAGCUGGGUGCAGGAGAGCUUUGGUUGCAGCGGGCACAAGACGCUGGUAGAGGGGGAGCGAUGCGCCAGCGACUCGGUGCCUAUGGCUGGGCCUGGGCUCUGUUCUAUGGCCUUUGCCUCGGCCUCACAGGAGGUAAAUGGAGACCCAGUGGGGUCGGCUGCGACAACCUGUGGAAGGUGAAGGAGCGGGCGGUGCGGGGCUGGAACUACGACCUACACCUACCCGGGGCCGACAUGAUGGGCCUGGACACGGACUCGGACACGGACAUGGGCUCGGGCGACGACCCGGUCGCCGGCCUCGGCCUGUGGAGCGGCUCGCAGCUGGAGCCCGGCAUGAACGCACCGCCUUUCACGCUCCACACGCUGGACGGGCCGCUGAGUUUCCCGCUGAGCGGGCAGCAGGGCCCGGCCUCGCUCAUCCUGCACGCCUUCACCAACAAGUCGGGCUUCCUAGGACAUUACGAAUACAUCAAGAUUACAUUUUGGUAUUGUUAUGUUAACCACAGGGUGAAGGACAUUCAGAGAGUUAAGAACUUGCUUUCUCGACUGCAUUUUGUACCAACUCCAGUAUUUGCUCUGGGUAACUGGAUUGCUGCUGUCUUCUAUUCCUGGAGAUGUCAGGGGCACAACUGUGGAUUCUCUCAAGUUGUUUUCUCUUCACCAGAUUUGAAAUUGACGAUUAUCGGCAAACGUUUGGAUGCGAGGUACGACUGGUUAACGAAAAGCUGGAAAUCUGUGCCAUAUAUUCUCGUGGAUGGCAGUGAUGGUUGCAAUAUUACCUCUGAUGUACGAGGUGCCGUGGCUUUGGUCUCUGCUGAAGGCAACUGCUCAUACUUCACAAAGAUCAAAAACAUGGCAGAUUCUGAAGCGUCGGGUGUCCUUGUUUAUGUCAGUCGUGGCAGGCCACUUCAGGAUAUGAACUGUGAAGGUGUGGAAUGCCACACUACCAUAAACAUACCAGCUUCAAUUAUACACUUUCAACAAGAUGUGAUUAAUUUACUCAGAAACCACAUUAAAGUGAAUGUGAACUUCCAACACACGCCCUCGCCUAUCUUUUUCUUUGGAAUUAACAUGGAAAGAAAAUUGGCGGAAUUGGGUUGGUUCCUCUAUCCGUCAUUUAAUUUUAUUAUCUGGCAAGCUGAAUGGUUCACUUAUAUUAAAAAUUUGGAAGCAAAGCUUCGGAGGCCAGCUUUUGUAAUACAUGUGUUCAAUGACACUCGAAUGCAAGGUGACAAGGGAGUUGUUGCAACUAUUGAUCUUCCUGAAGAUAUAUUUUCAUUUAACCAUCUAGAACUUGAUGUUUCAUUGUCAUGUCCUGGGACAACAGAUGAAACGUGUGCACAUUGGGAUCACAGAAUUGAACUUUACGUCUGUUGUAAAGAAAACAGUUCAUUGUGCAACGCUGAACUGGGCAGAUGGAUUACACCAUUCCGCAGACGCAUUGGCCAUUGGUUAACAGAUGUCUCACCACUUCUACCCAUGCUUAAUGCUAGAAAGUGCACAUUCACAAUGAAGACCGUGCCAUGGGCCAUGCCCUGGAAGCCAUCGCUAAACCUUCGUUUCACUAUAGCAGGCCAGAUAAUAACAGGCUACAAUUCAAUACUGCAUCCCUUUCACCUAUUGCGGCUUUUCACCGGUGGCAUUUUUAACAUUAAUUACAACAAGAAGUAUCAGCCUUUUAAAUUCAUUGUGCCACCCUCUACCAAGAAGGUUGAUCUCUAUGCUGUGAUUACAGGCCAUGGAAGUGAUGAGAAUGGCUGUGGAGAGUUCUGUGUCACUUCUCAUCAUUUUGUAAUUAAUGGCAUAUUUAAUAAUUCAAGGAUAUUUGACAAAGCUGGUACUUCUUUAGGUUGCGCUGACAGGGUUUCAGAGGGUGUGGUUCCAAAUGAACAUGGCACUUGGCUCUAUGGCAGAAAUGGCUGGUGUGAUGGACAAAAUGUGGCACCAUGGACAAGAGAUGUCACCAAGCAGGUGAACAUGCAAGGGAUAAACAGCAUCUUGUAUUUUGGCUGGUAUAAGGGCAAGGAUCCAAAUCCGAAACAGAACCCUGGAGAAAUUAUAAUGCAUUCGUACCUAGUAUUCUACAACUAAAAUUGUAUUUCAUUAUGAACCAGGACUUGAAAUUCGCAACGGUUGAGAAAGUUUGUCACAAAAUACUGGAAGUUUACUACUGAGCUAAUAAUCUCUGCUAAUUUUGCUGUCUGUAUUCAGUUGGCUUGCCUGUUGAUGUUUGCUGUCUUUAACAAUCAUUAUAAAAAAUAAUUUGUUCCAGCUUUAUUGGGCUCUCCUCACUCUCCUAGCAUUUGAAAUUUUCAGCCUCAUGUUUUCAUGGAAGAACAUUGAAGUGCAAAAUCAAAAAUGACCCUAUCUGCAACAGGAAUUAUUUCAAACAGGCUUUUCUAAAGUUAUUUUUAAAUCCUGGCUGCGAUCCACUUCUUCAAUUGUAUGACAGUAUUACUUUUUUUUUUAACAAAUUUGAUUUCCUCAUUUUUGUAAACUUUCUCAUUUGUGGAAAAAAGUAUUACAUGGUAAUGUGAAUCUUACUUGUUCAUUGUGUAAAGGACAUAAAUAAAUGUUAAAGCUUGCACUGAAAAGAUUGGGCAAUACCACUGCCACUUCAUACUGUUCAAGAAACCAUUGCAACUUCUGUAUUAAUUAUAUCAUCACUUCCAAAAAGUCCUGAAAUUUACAGCAAGGUCAAACUAUGAGAUUUUUAUAGACCCCAGCGACCAGUGUAAGGCACUAUCGCAUAGGCAAUGAAAGAUGGGUCUUCUAGUGAAGCCACUUGGCCACUACAUCACUUGGGUUUUACAGAAAGUAUUCACUGAUGAAUAGAUAGUGCAAUUUUAAUAUUUUCAGAAAUUAUUGCAGAAAUCAAACAAGGCAACAAAAGCAACACCUUUUUUCGCAGUAGAAUUCACAUUAAGGGGUGUUAACUUUGUAAACAGAUUAAUUUAAUCAGAGCAAUAUCCAAACUGUGGAUUACAUUUGGUUUUGAAUCCAUGACCUUGAACAUCACUUUUUCUUUGUUUCUUUUUUAUAUU